AAUACGGACGUAAACGCUUUACCACUGACGUCUACCAUGCAGUCAAUCGACAAGAGUUUCGAGAAAGCAACCAUCGACGACCAACCAGAAAAAAAUCGGACGUAUACCGCUGAAAGUCGCGUUCAGCCGAUUACGCCGGAAUCAAGAUUAUGCACGACCUCGAGCAACGAGAGCUUGGCUGCUGGCUUCGACUGGGAAAAGGACUCCGGAAGCUUGCCGCCUAUCAAUCAAUCGACUGUUGUUCCACACUCCAGAGACGAAAUUCCGUCGCCCGUUCCGGCUUCCGUGCUAUUUCCCCCGAUUUCCAAUCGCUUUCGAUAAAGUUUUUCAAUUCUUCCCGUUCCCCAAUUUAUGUCGAAAAUAUAAAUAAAAAACAAUAGGUUUAAUAUACUCGUAUUAUACAGUAUACACGUCCGUACGGCAUCCAGACGUCGCGUAUCUCAUAGUAUAUAGGUACCUAUUAUCAUGUCAUUUGUUUUUUCUUCAACUUUAAUAAAUUGAUGUCAUUCAUAUAGAUAUUAAUUAUUAUUUAUUUUAUUCACUAAUUGUUAUAAAAAUGGCAGUUCUAGGCCAUACUGUGUACUAACCGUUUGUGCAAAAAAUAAAUAAUUAUUGUAUUGGG